UAUGUGGUUUUGCUCCCCAGUUAGCCUCAUCCGAAAACCAAACUCUCCUAAAACUUAAAGCUAAGAGUUAAGAGUUAACACCAUGGCCUCCUCCAACAGUACUUGCAAGGCUUUGGUUGUGGCGGCCGGCUUUCUGAUUCUGGUGGCUUCUGAGGCUUUCAUUCACCCAGCCGCGGCGGCCGGAGUGUGCGGGAAGAUGACGAUAGGAUCGGCAGCGUAUAGCCUGAUAUCGUGCACGGGGGCGGUGGCGGAUGUGAAGGCUAAGGUCUCGCCGGAAUGCUGCAGCAGGGUGGCGGCCAUGCUUAAAACUACUCCAAAAUGCUUUUGUGCCAUUCUCCUUUUUCCCAAGACUAGAAAACAAGGAGUCAACCCAGCCAUUGGGCUUACCAUCCCAAAACGCUGUAACAUCAAAAACCGUCCCGCCGGCAAGAAGUGUGGAAAGUACACUUACCCUUGAGGAUCAAAGGCAAGCAGCCCGCAGGCACAUCAUUUAUCUUUAUGUUAUAAUUAUGCUAUGAAUUAUUUUCACUCAAAUAAUUGAAAAUCGAAUGUGUGUUAUAAUGUUUGAAUUGUUUCCAUAUUUAUGCAUAUUAACUGAUGUGUGUUAGUGUUA